CGGUGUUUGUUUUCAGUUUGUAAACACACGGUGGUCUUUCAGUGUUACACCAUCAACCAUUCCCUCAAACUAGCGAACUCAUUCAAGGGUUUGUGCGGCAAGAUCCUGUGUUCAAAGUUGAAAGAUGUUCUUGACGAGAUCGGAAUAUGACAGAGGUGUCAACACAUUCUCUCCUGAAGGAAGAUUAUUCCAGGUGGAAUAUGCGAUUGAGGCUAUCAAACUUGGAUCCACAGCCAUUGGUAUCCAGACAUCGGAAGGGGUGUGCCUGGCUGUGGAGAAGAGGAUCACUUCUCCGCUGAUGGAGCCGAACAGCAUUGAGAAGAUUGUGGAGAUCGACAGUCACAUUGGUUGUGCAAUGAGUGGCUUGAUAGCUGAUGCCAAGACUCUAAUUGACAAAGCCCGAGUGGAAACACAGAACCACUGGUUCACUUACAACGAGACCAUGACAGUGGAGAGCGUGACCCAGGCUGUGUCCAACCUGGCACUGCAGUUUGGGGAAGAGGACGCCGACCCCGGAGCGAUGAGUCGACCAUUCGGAGUGGCACUUCUUUUUGGAGGAGUGGAUGAAAAAGGCCCCCAGCUGUAUCACAUGGACCCUUCAGGAACCUUUGUGCAGUGUGACGCUCGGGCCAUCGGCUCAGCGUCGGAGGGCGCACAGAGUUCCCUCCAAGAGGUCUACCACAAGUCCAUGACGCUAAAAAAUGCCAUCAAGUCGUCUCUCACCAUCCUGAAGCAGGUGAUGGAGGAAAAACUCAACGCCACCAACAUCGAGCUGGCAACAGUAGAGCCAGGGAAGACCUUCCACAUGUACUCCAAAGAAGAGCUGGAGGAUGUCAUCAAGGAUAUUUAGACCAUCCAGUGCAGGUUCCAGAGGACAGGAAGUACACCUGACCUCAAGUCGACAAAAAACGCAACUUUUCCAUCAGCUUAUCCUGCUGGCUGCACUCAGAUCUUUUUUGGAUUACAUAAGAAGUUUGUCUGUGACAUGUGAACAGACUUCUUGCCUAUCAGCAUCUGUACAGAGCAGCAAGAAGGAAUGGGGGGUGGGAUAUUUUUUUUCUAACAAUUCAGUACUUCAAUUAAACUGUUGUAUUCCA